CUGGCGAAAGCCUCACAGCUACCCGCACAACAUCAAUGGGUUACCUCUGGAGACACGACUCCGAACGGACAUGCUUACAUCAGGGCGAUCAAGAUUAGGGGCAACUUGGUCACCACAACCUUAAGAUUGGCUAGAGGUCGUCCCCAUACUGAUAUCAGAUGUGACUGCUCUAGCAAGCCCGAGGCUUUGUCACAUAUACUGCAGUCGUAUCCUCGGACACAUGCAUCUCGCAUUGCGAGGCACGAUAAGAUCGUAGAUCUGAUGAUGUCUUCUGCGGAAAAGAUUGGAUACGGUUUCCGCCGCGAGCCGGCAAUACCAACUCCAGCAGGUAUUCGAAAGCCGGACUUGGUCUUAGUACGCCAUUAAGACCUAACAAUACUUGAUGUUACCAUCGUAGCAGACAAUACGGACCUCGAGAAGGCCCAUCAUGAUAAGCAAGUCUAUUAUGACGUCCCUGCCAUUAGAGAGUGGGCCCAAUCAUGCUAUGAGCCCAGGCACAUUGCCUUUGAGGCUCUGGCAAUCAAUUGGCGCGGGCUUCUGGCCAUAAGAACAGCUGUGGUGUUAAGACGGCUUGGACUGAGCGCGCGGUUCCUUAGCCUGGCUUCGGCCAUGGCUUUGGAAUGCGGUACCUGGAUAGUAAAUCAUUUCAGGCGUUCGACCUAUACCAUCAGGUCUAGAUGA